AUGACAUCUGAGUCCUCUAGUGUCUCUAUCACUUCACAUGAUCAAGGUGAUUCUUCCCACUUAAAAAAUGUGGUCAACAUGGAGGUUGAACAAGAUCGAUCCUCGAAUUCCAAUUCCAACAAUUUGAUUGAUUUUGUGAUGCUAUCGAAAGAGGAUCCUGCUCCCGUGUUAAAGAUACAAGAGCAUGAUUUUUUAAAUCUUACACAAGUUGGUUCAUCGUCUUGUUUACCUAAUGACAACACUGAAUUGAAAGAUAAUAACAACACUGAAGAGAAGAGUUCUGAUUUAAGAUCUUUUUCAUGCUCUUUUUGCAAGAGAAAAUUUUCAACUUCGCAAGCAUUAGGAGGCCAUCAGAAUGCUCAUAAGGCAGAACGCGCUUUAGAAAAACAACGUAAGCAAAGGUACGAUGGCAGUGUUUUAGGUUUAGGACAAUCUCACUUUAACCCUUAUUUUAGUUAUUCAAGCAAUCUUUUUACACCUUAUACUUAUAACUAUAGACUCGGGGUUAGAAUGGAUUCCACAAUUCAAAAACCACCUUAUUUUAGCCCUAGGACAACCCCCCAUAGUUUUGGUUAUACUAAUGGUGCUUUGAGUUUUCAAGAUAUACUAAACCCUUCUGUUUUGUCAUUGAGAAAUAUGGGAGGUGGGAAUAGAGGGAUUGGAACCCUAGCUAUUGGGGGUGCAAAUAGUAUAAAAGUUGAAGAUGGUGGUGCAAGUGAUAAAUUUAGUUCUCUUUUAAAAUUUGGAGUUUCUUCUACAAAUGUUGCUACAAGUUCAAACUCAAACCUAGAAAAGAAAAUUAUGGUGGCUUCUACUUCUAUCAAGGAUGAAAUAAAUGAUCAAUCAAAGUCCAAUAUUGAAGAAGAACCCUCAAAUUCUGAAUCUUCUGAUCUUGAUUUGUCACUUAAGCUUUAA